ACCAUUCUGGUACCAAGAUAAUGGAGGCAUUCUACAACAUAAUUGCACCAACAUUAUGUGGAAUAAUUUUCUUGGUAUACACAUGUAAAGUGUUGAAUUUCAUAUGGUUUAGGCCAAAAAAUUUGGAGAAGUUCCUAAGACAACAAGGCCUUAGUGGGAAUUCUUAUAGGCUACUUCAUGGAGACUUGAAAGAGGUCUUCAAGAGCAUCAAGGAAGCCCAAUCCAAGCCUAUUAACAAUCUUUCAAAUGAUGUAGCACCAAGAAUCAUUCCUUAUUUUAUUCAAACCAUUAGUAAAUAUGGGAAAAAGUGUUUUGUAUGGUUUGGGCCAAAGCCAAUGAUAAUCAUAAUGGAGAGUGAACUGAUAAGAGAAAUAUUUGCUAAGAAUUAUGUUUAUCAGAAGCCCCACCACAGCAAUCCAGUAGCCAAUUUGUUGGCUAGAGGUGUAGCAAAUUAUGAGGAAGAUAAAUGGGCAAAACACAGGAAGAUCUUAAAGCCAGUCUUUCAUUUGGAGAAGUUGAAGGUUCUACUUUACAACCUAAGUUGAUCGUUCUUUCAUAUCUACUUUAUCCCUUGUAUACACAUUUUCUUGGAUAACAUCAUUUAUAUUUGCAAGACUUGUGUCCAGCAGCGGAAACAAAACUUUCAGCGGAAACAAAACUUUCACUAAGGAGAGUUGAUAUAAAAAAAGUAUAAUAAAGAAGUAUUCAACAAAUAGUAUAUUUGACCUAUUUAGAUAGUGUUAAAUGUCAAUUGACUUCCUGCUAUUGAGAAUAUAAUCAAAUAAUAAAAGUGUGCUUUUUCUAACAACUUAAGUUUUUAGAUGAAAUAUUCACACACUUCAACAUGAUAUCAGAGCAUGCAGAGGUCCUGGAUCAAAUCUUACCGCCACCCAUUAUUUAAAAAGAAUUUCCACGUGCUUGGCCCACGAAAAAAAAAUCAAGCCCUCACGUGAGGGAGCGUGUUGAGAAUAUAAUUAAAUAAUAAAAGUGUGCUCUCUCUAACAGCUUAAGCUUUUAGAUGAGAGGUCACACACUUCAACACCUUCAACAAGGUAGCUCCGACCGUGCUUGUGUCUAAACCUCUGUGAAUGGUCUAAGACCACAAUUAGGAUUAGUUUUUUUUUCGAAUUAACAUUCAGUUCAAGUUUGAAUUCUUGUAAACUAAAAUGCAUUGCAGAGGAUUUUGGCGGUAACUAAGAUUUAGUUUUUUUAUUUUGUUACUAUUUCUAUUUUAUGAAUAUUUUCUUAUUGGUUAAACAAAAAACUAAACCGUUAAGGAUCAAAAACCGAUAAACCAAAACCGAUAAGAAAAUAUCUUAUUGGUUGGUUAUUGGUUUUACAUAUUUAAAAACCGAAAACCGAACCAAUAAUACAUAAAACCGAACCGAACCGGCCGAUACACACCCCUACUCAUGGCCAAGGGAGGUUUCAACAGUUGGAUUGCGGAUUGAUCUGAAUCCAAUAUUUUCUACAUGAAGCAAAAACAUAUACAU